AUGUGCAAAUUGUUUUUCUCUACAGUAAAAAAUAUAUCUUUAGAUAGAUAUAAAUAUACGAAGAGCUAUUCUUCGUCCACAAAACAGGCCCAAGGCGCUUCUACAUAUGCAGUGCUAUCAAUUAUGCUUUUUACAUUGCUCUGCGUGCGUGCCAUAAUUACUCCAGAUAUUAUCUCAGAUAUGAGAGAUUACAAAGUUAAUAAUUUGAAAGAAGGCCCAUUCAGAAUAAACCCUUAUGGAGCAUUGAAUAUGAUGCAUGGCUACGUGUACACCAAGAUGGGGCUUAUGCACAAUAAGCGGUUCUUUUCGCCGGAAAUAUCCAUAAACUAUAGAAUGUCCUUUAUUCUAGAAGAUGACAAGCAAAAAAUUAAAAAUAUCAUACAAGAGUAUGGGAAAGAUACAGUGCACGAAACAUAUAGUAUGUCUGAAUACAGCAAAGAGUACCAUAGCGCGCUAAUUAAACUAUUUCCCUCCUGUGACGGAUACUUAACCAUAGAAACAAGCAAAGAGGAUUCAUUCUUUAUGUUCAUUAAUAGUGCAGCUGCAAGACCUCACGCGCACAAAAUUCUUGCUUCUCUGCUUCUUCUUUCUGAGGGAAUUGAUGUGCCCAUAAAAUUGGAAAAAACGAAAGACCGUAUAGUACUAAGUCUGCAAAAGGCUAACCAAAACAUGGUACAUUUUAAUAUUGCCAUGCAUGGCCCAGAUCCAUCGUUGAAAUAUGCAGAUGUUGGCCACCAUAAGGGCUACUGGGAGGCCAUGGAAGUUAUUGAGUUUUUCAUAAAAAGCAAAAAUAAUCCUGUGCACAAGAAAAAGGGAUACACUCUGCCAAAAACAUACAAGGAGUUCAAAACAGGAAAAUUCUUGGACAGCACAGAGUUUCUUAUACAGUCGUACAUAUAUGAAUGCAUCACAACGCGUGAAGAGCUGUGUCUCUUUGCACAAACAGUGCACGACCUUCUGUGGGAGCAUAUAGAAACGUCUUCUGUACCAAAGCGCCUGCUGAACAAAAAGCACAUCUCUGCAGUAAAUCUUUUCUACAGUUAUUUCACUGAUUCAGAAGACACCAAAUGUGAUAGAACUCUCUUAUUUACCCUCUUGAGCGCAGACAAUUUAAAUAAUAGAGAAAUAACAUUUUCAUUGGAGCUUGAAUCAUCUUCUCACACAAUUGAGAAACCAAAGUUCCACAUGAGAGAGAUAAAAUCUAUAAAGGUCAUUUCAGCAAAUCUAAGAGAUUUGUAUAUAUCAGAUAGAACAUUCGUAACCAUAGACUUUAGUGGAAUACAAUCCACAGCAAAGUUUAUCAACUGUGUUGAAACCUCCUUGCUUUUCAUGUUUUGCGCCUUUACAUACAACUACAACACGCAGAUGUAUAUGCCUGAGAAUAUACCACAUGUGUCGGAGAACCUAAAGAAGUUCUUCUCCAAGUACAGGCGUGUUUUUCAAAGAGUUACCCGCAGCAUGCACGAUGAAUGGAACAAAGUUGUGGCAGAUUUAGACAAUGAGGAUAUCUACUAUAGACGAACAAAUCUAAACCACGUGGACAAUGGGCUGUUGAAUAUUCUCUGCGUGAUUUCCGAAAUUGCAGGAAUAUAUAGUGAAGAAAAAGAGAAAAUUGAUGAAAUAAGAGAAUUGAUUCUAAAUGAGGGAGCAAUGCUGUCACAUGAUAUACUUGGCCUUGUAAGCACGUGUAUUGCCAGCAUGAUGAAUAAAAUCUUUCAUAACCGGAGGCCAUGCGAGGUUGAUGUGAUUUAUUUAAAGAAACUAAAAGUAUCUGAUAGAAUAGAGCUAAUUGGAGAAAUUAGAAUAAGGUGUUGUUUAUCACCCGAUGAAUCAGUUGAUAUUUAUCUGAAUUCUAAACAGAAUGACACAAAUGUAAAACUUGUGCCUUUACGGAAUUCUGAAAUCUACCAUAAUAAUCAUAUACAGUAUUGUCUAAUUAUGAAACACCAAAUCAAGAGGCCACAGAGUUUUAUUGCAUUUCUGCUUGAAAGCUACCUGGACUAUACAGAAACUAUCCACUUAUUAGAAACAUCCGGUAUGGAAGUGUAUGAUAUUGCUUCAAAAGCUCUAAAGGAAGAAAAAGGUGAGGUUUUAAGCAUGAACCGAUUCUUUCUUUCUCGAAAGAUCUUUGGCGACGUCUACAAAUCACAUAUAAUCUACUACUUCUUUAUAAAGGCUAUCGAAAUGGAUCUUCCUAAAGACAGCUGCAUAGUGCGCUUUGUUUCUAAUGUUCUUGGAACAGGAUCCUUCAAAACUUCCUUACUGAAAAAGGAUAUUUUUAGGCUGCUUUUUUCCUUCAAAAACAAUAUUGACUACUUUCCGAAUGUGUUUAUUGACUUUAAUAAUGUCAGUUUUGAUGCAUUCUUUCAUCCUUCUAUCCUCCAAAUAUUGAAGCAUCUUGCUCACAUAGAUGCACCUGAGAUUAUUUACAAUGUGUUAUGCAGGCAUUUGGAAAUGUGCAAUUCUAACGAAAUCGAAUCUAUAAGCUAUCUCUUCUGGAUAGCUGAUAUGGAAAGCGCGAAAUAUAUUCUUUGGCAUCUUACCAAAAAAGGCAGUGAUGCCUCUUAUAUCGACUCGCUAGUAAAAAACAUAAAGAGUCUUAGCAAAUCUAAUUCUCAGAAUGUUUUAGAUACAGCUAUUAAUACAUUGUUGAUAUCAAUUAUUACAAUAACCUGCACUGAUGUCAUUGAGUUUGACUAUAUUAUAAAAAAGUGCUGUGACUUACUUAUUCUCUAUACAGACAGAUACUUUCCAAUUAGAAUUAAGCCCGAAUAUGCGCUGAUUAGACAUUCAAUGAAUACUCUUAUUGAAAUAAAGAGUGACUUGAAAGAUAACCGAAGGCAUAUUAAAAAACUUAAAAAGAAUAUGAGUGCUGUAAUAGAGCGAUAUAAGAGUACUCUAUCAGAAUACACAAUCGAAGAAGCAUCGCGAAACUCGUUAUUUAAUGCUUAUUAUCUGCCUGGAAGUGUGUGA